AUAUGGCCACCGAGAGACAAUUCAUUGCGGACAAAACCUUUGAUGCUUACAGUUCACAUUCAUUUCGUAGUAUUGAAUCAUUUACAUUUGGAGAUUGAAAUAAUGCCUUAAACAAUCUGGUUUAUAACUGUUGUUUUAUUAUUUUAAGUUAACAAGGUAUGCGAAUAAGAAUUAUGUCCAUCUGUAUUCACUGACCUUCUACUGCAAGCGGAACACAUAUCAAGAAACAGUUUUCUAUACAAACUUGUUUGAGGCAUGCUACAUAGGCGCUUUAAUCUAACUUGACGUUACUGUAGUUAGUGAUGAUUGUUCUGUUGAGGCUGAAAGCCUCAAACAUCCAAAUUUAUAAGUAUAUGAAAUAUCCCAUUUCAACAAGACUUUGUAAAGACAAUCCUGUCCUAUCCAGUUUUUCGACGAGAACUACCAGCUCAUAUUCUGGAAGUGCUAUUCCUCCAACCAAACCCCGAAGAAUUUUCAGGAAGUUCCUGUUUUUGAAUCUGAUAUCAAUCUGUUCAUUUAUUGGCUUAGUUUACGUGUCUGAAACCAUUCGAAAUGAAUUGAUUUCAUACUAUCCACCUUCUAAGGACAUACUAAAGUUGAUUGAAAAUUCAGUUGGAGGUUGGUAUUCUGGUUCAAAAACUGAACAACCAGUUGUUCCUGUCAGUGGUUUUCCACUCCCACCUAAACGAAAUUCUGAAUCAGCCAGUCAGGUGAAGUCUGUGGCCAGUUCAGAACCUGUUAUUAUUGAGCAAAAACAUUCACUACCUACUGUGGAAGAAGUUAAAGAUAUGACAGAGAAACGUGAUCAUGUGUCGGUGAUGAGCGUAGACUUCUAUGAAUUACCCAACGUUGUGAAGGAUGUAGAAAGUAGAGUGGAGAGUGCCAAAACUAAAUUGAAAGAAUUUGAACAUGUCAUUGAAAAAUAUCUCGAUGCACUGUUUAUUGCUGUACAAGAUAACAAUUUCAUUUCGAAAGAGAAAAAUUGGGAUCUUGUCGGAAAACUAGAGAUGAAAAAAGAUAGGUUAGAAGAACAAGUGGAAAAAAUCGUUCAACAAGCUUCACAACAACUUGACGAACUUCAUCAUACCAUUGAACAACAUAGAAAUUCGGAACAAGCAAUUGACAGUAAUAUCAUCCCUGAUUCUAUUGAAUCCUAUGGAAAAUUACAAUAUGACUUAACUGGAUCAAUCAAUAAGGUAGUAAAACUUCAGAAUGACGUUAAUAUGCUUAAACGUUAUCGUGAUUUAGCUUCUUUAUCGCAUACAAACUUACAAGAUGAUUUAGAAGCUUUGUCGAAACAUAUUGAAGGGAAAAGGCAGGGCAAAGGUACUUCCACAACAAUGAAUGUGGAGGAGCUGAAUGAUUUGAUUUCAGUGGCACAUGCUCGUAUCUCUUCCUUACAAGAUAAAUUAGAUCAUUUAGAACAUAGUGAAAGAGAACGAAUGAAAUCAGCCUUAGAAGCACAACGUCAAGCAGAUAAUAGUCUUCGAAAAGAAUAUAUCAAACAAGAAUUAAAUCGAGAACGGACGAGACAUGAAAUUGAAAGACAUAAAUGGUUACGAGAAGCUCGUGAUGCUAAAGAACAUGAAUUGAAAUUAGCACUGGCGAGACAUAGUGAACAUCUUUCACAUAUGUUACAAUUACAGAAAGAUAAAAUGGAGCAUCAAUUCGCACAUCAACUACGUGAAGAGUUAGCAAAAGAAAGAGUUGCUUUUGAAGCUGCUCUUAUCGGUUGGACUAAGCGUAUGGAAGCCAUAGAAGAUGUUGUGGAUGGAAGAGCUGAUCUAGAUCGGUUAGCUAAAGAAGCACAAUCAUUAUGGCUUUCAUGUGAAGCUUUAGCCUGUCGAUUACAUUCAGAUAGCCCAUCAAUGAAAUCUCACCAUGAAACAAAAAGCGAUUCAAAUGUACUGAAUCAAACUGGAUCUUUAAAAGGUUUUGUCAAUUCCAUUCGUGAAUGCACCGCUUCCAGAAAUUACCCUUUUGUCAAUAUAAUUCUAGACAGUCUGUCUAAUGAUAUAGUGGAAAAUGGAGUUUGGACAGAAAAUGGGUUGAAGAAGAGAUUUGAAAAGGUAUAUAACGUCUGCAGAAAUGUUGCAUUAAUUGAUGAAACAAGUGGCUCACUAUGGGAAUAUGCUUUAUCAUGGCUACAGUCUAUAUUAGUAGUAGAUGUGAAAUAUAAAUGUUUGGAAGCGAUUUCACGUAUUAAACCAAAUAUUAUUGGUAGUCCUUAUGUUCAAUACAUUAAAGAUUAUGAUACAACAAAACAGACGGACUCAAUACCAGAUUCAUUUCAUUUGUUAUCUACUGCCAAAUUCGCUAUGAAUAGUGACCAUAAUAUCUUUUCAGGUGACGAGAAUACCUCUAGCGAUGAAGCACUUGAAACGGCUGUACGAUUGUUAGGUCAGUUGCGUGGUCAAUCUCGUGUUGUUGCAAAUGAUUGGCUAGUUGAUGCUCGACACUAUUUAGAAGCUAAACAAACUGCUAGAACGUUAUUAGCCUAUGUUGCAGCUCGUGAUAUUUCUACUUUCCAAAAGCGUCUAUAAUCGUUUUUGAAAAGAACCAUUUAGAAGGGUUAUAUCAUUAUUUAUCAUUCUUAUUAUCGUUCUUGGGUACUGUCUGAAUCUUCUCAUAAGGCAUCUUUUGUGAAAUUAGUAUUUAAUUUUUGUAUGAAGUGAAUCCUAAUUUGUAAUUAGCCUUAUUUAAAUGUACGUGAAUAUAACUAGACAAAAAUAAAGUUGUACACUUUUCCUAUGAGGAUUUUUUUUUGGUAUUUUCAUGGAUUAAUGUCAUUGUUGGAUAUUUUUCCACUAUUUUGAUUACACAAUAUCUUGUCUAGGGAAUUCCAUUUAGUCAAUUGCCUUCUCGGUGGCGUAGAUGCUUUAAAUUAAAUCUGUCUGUAUGUCACUGUCAUUGAGUUGUUGAAGUAUGGUAUUUCGCCGACUAAAUACUAUCUAUUUAAGUUCGAAAAUGGUGACUGCCCACACAAUCAGUACGCGUAUCACUUUCAGUAUCUUGUUUUUUGCAACAAUAUGUUGACUAUAUAUGUGUUCGGUAAUUCGAUGAAUACAUAUGGCGAUAUAUAUUAAUUGUUGAUUGUUAGUGGACUCUUUCACGUAUUUCUAGUUAUUGAUGUAAACAACAGACGGCUUGGGUACUUCGUAAAAGUUAUCUGCUAUCAUUAUGUAAAUAUACUUCAAAAGGAGAAAAAAGCGAUCUUUGGUAAUUCGAAAUUAAUUCUCCAUUUCACUAGUGUUUAGAAUUUCUCCGGUCUCUUUUAUUAUCAAAAUGUUUUCAACACUUUGAACAGUUCUUCAAGAUUUCAAGGCAUUUAUUUGUUUUUUGGUUCCAAAAAGUGUACAAUUUAUAUAGUUCUCGACGUAAAUAGAUGUCUUAACACUCAAAAAUCAGUUCCCAUAUGCUGAAUUCGUAAAGUAGGAACCUUUUAGUUUGCUUUUUAUGUGA